GUGGUGCGCACCCCGCCCGCAGCACAAGAACAGACUAAUAAGCGACCACCCCCCAGCGGGCUGGCUAUUUUCGGGCGUUGUUUUGGAGGACUGGGGAUGUGUCACCAACCUAAGGAAAAUGACGAGCCUAAGAUGGUGCCUAUGAAGAGCAAGCUGAAGCAGAAAGACGGGCAGCCUUUGUUGCACAAUGUUCCCAUCAGUCUGGCUGAGGUGAUUCAUCUCCAAGGCAUGGAUGCAACAGCAGGACUUAGUUCAUACCUGGAAGUGUACGCCAAAGAGGACGCCGUUGUUGUGCAGAUGCUGAAAGCCCAUGGAGCUAUUACGGUCAUGCGCACUAACGUCCCGCAGACAGCGUACUUCACUUUUGGCUCAUCGAACCCAAUUUUUGGGAUGACUAGAAACCCCUACAAGUUUGACAGAAGUCCCGGGGGUACCUCCAGUGGCGAGGCGGUUAUGGCAUCAGGGCGAGGCUGCCUCCUUGGUGUGGGGAUAGAUCUGGCAGGAGGUCUGCGUGUCCCAGCUCACUUCUGUGGUGUCUGUGGGUUCAAGCCCACGUCAGAAAGAGUCAGCCGUCUAGGCGUCACAGUUCCCGCGGAGGGACAGAACGCAGUUGCCACUUGUGUUGGUCCGAUAUCAUCUGAGGUGGCUGGACUGGUUGCCUUCAUGAAGUGUCUGUGUGUGCCACUACAACAUCAGCUGGACCCAACUGUGUCCUUAGCGCCGUUCAGCCAUGAG